AUGCUGAAACCCACAGGCCUUCCUGGGUCAUCUUCUCCCACCCACUCCUUGAUGACAGGGAGCAGGAGCACUAAAGCCACACCGGAAAUGGAUUCAGGACUGACAGGAGCCAUCUUGUCACCUAAGACAUCUACAGGUGCAAUCGUGGUAAUGGAACAUACUCUGCCCUUUACUUACCCAGUUAAGAGCUUGGCCAGUCCUGCAUCUUCGGUCGUGGGAAGAACCACCCAGUCUUUGGGGGUGAUGUCCUCUGCUCUCCCUGAGUCAACUUCUAGAGGAAUUGCACACUCCGAGCAAAGAACCAGCCCAUCGCUGAGUCCCCAGGUCAAUGGAACUCCCUCUAGGAACUCCCCUGCUACAAGCGUGGUUUCAGGAUUGAGUUACCCAAGGACCAAGACCAGUUCCACAGAAGGAAAUUUUACCAAAGAAGCAUCUACAUACACACUCACUGUAGAGACCACAAGUGGCCCAGUCACUGAGAAGUACACAGUCCCCACUGAGACCUCAACAACCGAAGGUGACAGCACAGGGACCCCCUGGGACACAAGAUAUAUUCCUGCAAAAAUCACAUCUCCAAUGGAAACAUUUGCAGAUUCAACUGCAUCCAAGGAAAAUGUCCCAGUGUCUAUGACUCCAGCUGAGACCACAGUUACUGACUCACAUACACCAGGAAGGACAAACCCAUCAUUUGGGACAGUUUAUUCUUCCUUCCUUGACUUAUCGUCUAGAGGGACCCCAAAUUCCAGAGGUGGAACAAGCCUGGAACUGAUUCCAUCAACCACUGGAUAUCCCUUCUCCUCUCCUGAACCUGGCUCCACAGGAUACAGCAGAAUAAGUACCAGCGGGCCUUUGUCAUCAUCUGCUUCAGUUCUCGAUAAUAAAAUAUCAGAGACCAGCAUAUUCUCAGGCCAGAGUAUCACCUCCCCUCUGUCUCCUGGGGUGCCUGAGGCCAGAGCCAGCACCAUGCCCAACUCAGCUAUCCCUUUUUCCAUGACACUAAGCAAUGCAGAAACAAGUGCCAAAAGGGUCAGAAGUACAAUUUCCUCUCUGGGGACUCCAUCUACAUCCACAGAGCAGACAGCGGAGACUAUCCUUACCUUCCGUGCCUUCGCUGAGACCACGGAUAUACCCAGCACCCACAUAGCCAAGACUUUGGCUUCAGAAUGGUCAGGGAGUCCAGGUACCCUUGGUGGCACCAGCACUUCAGCACUGACAACCACAUCUCCACCUCCCACUUUAGUCUCAGAGGAGACCAACACCCAUCACUCCACGAGUGGAAAGGAAACAGAAGGAACUUUGAAUACAUCUGUGACUCCACUUGAGACUUCUGCUCUUGGAGAAGAGACUGAAAUGACUGCCACCUUGGUCCCCACUCCAGGUUUUACCACUUUUGACAGCAAGAUCAGAAGUCCAUCUCAGGUCUCUUCAUCCCACUCAACAAGAGAGCUCAGAACCACAGGCAGCACCUCUGGGAGGCAGAGUUCCAGCACAGCUGCCCACGGAAGCUCUGACAUCCUGAGGGCAACCACUUCCAACACCUCAACAGCAUCAUCGUGGGCCAGUGAAAGCACAGCUCAGCAAUUUAGUGAACCCCAGUACACACAGUGGGUGGAGACAAGUCCUAGCAUGAAAACAGAGAGACCCCCAGCAUCAACCAGUGUGGCAGCCCCUGUCACCACUUCUGUUCCCUCAGUGAUCUCUGGCUUCACCACCCUGAAGACCAGCUCCACAAAAGGGAUUUGGCUUGAAGAAACAUCUGCAAACACACUCAUUGGAGAAUCCACAGCUGGCCCAACCACCCAUCAGUUUGCUCUUCCCACUGGGGUUUCAAUGACAGGAGGCAGCAGCACCAGGGGAAGCCAGGGCACAACCCACCCACUCACCAGAGCCACAGCGUCAUCUGAGACAUCUGCAGAUUUGACUCUGGCCAUGAACGGUGUCCCAAUCUCCAUGUCUCCAGCAGUGAGCAAGACGGCUGCUGGCUCAAGUCCUCCAAGAGAGACAAACCCAUCAUAUACAUCAUAUACAAUGGUUUCUUCUGUCAUCCCUGAGACAUCAUCUCUAGAGUCCCCAGCUUCUAGGGAAGGAACCAGCCUGGGACUGACUCCAUUAAACACUAGACAUCCCUUCUCUUCCCCUGAACCAGACUCUGCAGGACACACCAAGAUAAGCACCAGCAUUCCUCUGUUGUCAUCUGCUUCAGUUCUUGAGGAUAAAGUGUCAGCAAUCAGCACAUUCUCACACCACAAAGUCACCUCAUCUAUGACCACAGGGACUCCUGAAAUCUCAACAAAGACAAAACCCAGCUCAGCCAUUCUUUUCUCCAUGACCCCAAAUAAUGCAGCAACAAGUCCUGAAAGAGUCAGAAAUGCAACUUCCUCUCUGACUCACCCAUCUCCAUCAGGGGAAGGGACAGCAGGGAGUGUCCUCACCCUCAGCACCUCUGCUGAGACUACAGACUCACCUAGCAUCCACCCAGCUGGGACACUGGCUUCAGAAUGGUCAGAGAGUCCUCGCACUCUCAGCCUCCCAAGUGUCUCUGGAGUGAAAACCACAUUUUCUUCAUCUACUCCUUCCACUCAUCUAUUUACCAGUGGAGAAGAAACAGAGGAAACUUUGAAUCCAUCUGUAUCUCAACCUGAGACUUCUGUUUCCAGAGUAAGUGCUGGCACGUUGGCCAGCACCUCUGUCUCCACCCCAGUAUUCCCCACCGUGGACACCUGGACUACACAUUCAGCUCAGUUCUCUUCAUCCCACCUAGUGAGUGAGCUCAGAGCCAAGAGCAGUACCUCAGUUACAAACUCAACCGGUUCAGCUCUUCCUAAAAUAUCUCACCUCUCUGGGACAGCAACAAUGUCACAGACCAAUACAGGCAUGUUUAGUGACUCUGCUGCACCCCAAAGCACAACUUGGCCAGAGACUAGUCCCAGAUUCAAGACAGGGUUACCUUCAGCAACACCCACUGUUUCAACCUCUGCCACUUCUCUCUCUGCUACUGUAAUGGUCUCUAAAUUCACUUCUCCAGUAACUAGUUCCACGGAAGCAACUUCUAUCAGGGAACCAUCAACAACCAUCCUCACAACAGAGACCACGAAUGGCCCAGGCACUAUGGCUAUGGCUUCUACCAGCAUCCCAGUUGGAAAGGGCUACAUUACUGAAGGAAGAUUGGACACAACCCAUCUGCCCAUUGGAACCACAGCUUCCUCUGAGACAUCUACGGAUUUUACCAUGACCAAAGAAAGUGUCUCAAUGGCAGUAUCUCCAUCUCAGUCCAUGGAUGCUGCUGGCUCAAGCACUCCAGGAAGGACAAGCCAAUUGAUUGGCACGUUUUCUGACGAUGUCUAUCAUUUAACAUCUAGAGAAAUUACAAUACCUAGAGAUGGAACAAGCUCAGCUCUGACUCCACAAAUGACUGCAACUCGCCCUCUAUCUCCUGAUCCUGGCUCUGCUAGAAGCACCUGGCUUGGCAUCUUGUCCUCAUCUCCUUCUUUUCCUACCCCCAAAGUCACAAUGAGCUCCACAUUUUCAACUCAGAGAGUCACCACAAGCAUGAUAAUGGACACAGUUGAAACUAGUCAAUGGAACAUGCCCAACUUACCUUCCACGACUUCCUUGACACCAAGUAAUAUUCCAACAAGUGGUGCCAUAGGAAAAAGCGCCCUGGUUCCCUUGGACACUCCAUCUCCAGCCACAUCAAUGGAGGCAUCAGAAGGGGGACUCCCGACCCUCAGCACCUACCCUGAAUCAACAAACACACCCAGCAUCCACCUUGGAGCACACGCUAGUUCAGAAAGUCCAAGCACCAUCAACUUUACCAUGGCUUCAGUAGUAAAAACUGGCUCUUACACACCUCUCACCUUCCCCUCAAUAGAGACCCACAUUCAUGUAUCAACAGCCAGAAUGAAGACAGAUGAAAUUGCUUACUCUUCUGGGUCUUCACCUGAGAUGACAGCUCCUGGAGAGACUAACACUGGUAGUACCUGGGCCCCCACCACCUACAUCACCACUACGGAUCCUAAGGAUACAAAUUCAGCUCAGGUCUCUACACCCCACUCAGUGAGGACACUCAGAACCACAGAAAACCAUCCAAAGACAGAGUCCAGCACCCCAGCUGCUUACUCUGGAAGUCCUAAAAUCUCAAGUUCACCCAAUCUCACCAGUCUGGCCACAAAAGCAUGGACCAUCACAGACACAACUGAACACUCCACUCAAUUACACUACACAAAUUUGGCAGAAAAAUCAUCUGGAUUUGAGACACAGUCAGCUCCAGGUCCUGUCUCUGUAGUAAUGCCUACCUCCCCUACCAUUGGAAGCAGCACAUUGGAACUAACUUCUGAUGUCCCGGGGGAACCCCUGGUCCUCGCUACCAGUGAGCAGACCACAAUCACUCUCCCCAUGGCAACAUGGCUGAGUACCAGUUUGACAGAGGAAAUGGCUUCAACAGACCUUGAUAUUUCAAGUCCAAGUUCACCCAUGAGUACAUUUGCUAUUUUUCCACCUAUGUCCACACCUUCUCAUGAACUUUCAAAGUCAGAGGCAGAUACCAGUGCCAUUAGAAAUAUAGAUUCAACCACGUUGGAUCAGCACCUAGGAAUCAGGAGUUUGGGCACAACUGGGGACUUAACAACUGUUCCUAUCACCCCACUGACAACCACGUGGACCAGUGUGAUUGAACACUCAACACAAGCACAGGACACCCUUUCUGCAACAAUGAGUCCUACUCAUGUGACACAGUUACUCAAAGAUCAAACAUCUAUACCAGCCUCAGCAUCCCCUUCCCAUCUUACUGAAGUCUACCCUGAGCUCAGGACACAAGGGAGAAGCUCCUCUGAGGCAACAACUUUUUGGAAACCAUCUACAGACACACUCUCCAGAGAGACUGAGACUGGCCCAACAAACAUUCAAUCCACUCCACCCAUGGACAACACAGCAACAGGGAGCAGUAGUAGUGGAGUCACCCUGGGCACAGCCCACCUUCCCAUAGGAACAUCCUCCCCAGCUGAGACAUCCACAAACAUGGCACUGGAAAGAAGCAGUUCUACAGCCACUGUCUCUAUGGCUGGGACAAUGGGACUCCUUGUUACUAGUGCUCCAGGAAGAAGCAUCAGCCAGUCAUUAGGAAGAGUUUCCUCGGUCCUUUCUGAGUCAACUACUGAAGGAGUCACAGAUUCUAGUAAGGGAAGCAGCCCAAGGCUGAACACACAGGGAAAUACAGCUCUCUCCUCCUCUCUUGAACCCAGCUCUGCUGAAGGAAGCCAGAUGAGCACAAGCAUCCCUCUACCCUCAUCUCCUACAACUCCUGAUGUGGAAUUCAUAGGGGGCAGCACAUUUUGGACCAAGGAGGUCACCACAGUUAUGACCUCAGACAUCUCCAAGUCUUCAGCAAGGACAGAGUCCAGCUCAGAUACCCUUAUGUCCACAGCCUUGGGAAGCACUGAAAAUACAGAAAAAGAAAAACUCAGAACUGCCUCUACAGAUCUUCCAUCUCCAACUCCAUCAAUGGAGGUGACACCAUGGCAUUCUCUCACUCUCAGUAAUGCCCCCAAGACCACAGAUUCACUUGACCUCAGCCAUGGGGUGCACACCAGCUCUGCAGGGACUUUGGCCACUGACAGGUCAUUGAAUACUGGUGUCACUAGAGCCUCCAGAUUGGAAAACGGCUCCGAUACCUCUUCUGAGUCCCUGUCUAUGGGAACCAGCACUCACACUUCCAUGACUUACACAGAGAAGAGUGAAGUAUCUUCUUCAAUCCAUCCCCCGCCUGAGACCUCAGCUCCUGAAGCAGAGACCACUUUGACUUCCACUCCUGGAAACAGGGCCAUAAGCUUAACAUUGCCUUUUUCAUCCAUUCCAGUGGAAGAAGUCAUUUCUACAGACAUAACCUCAGGACCAGACAUCAACUCAGCACCCAUGACUCAUUCUCCCAUCACCUCACCAACAAUUGUAUGGACCAGUACAGGCACAAUUGAACAGUCCACUCAAUCACUACAUGCAGUUUCUUCAGAAAAAGUUUCUGUGCAGACACAGUCAACUCCAUAUAUCAACUCUGUGGCAGUGUCUGCUUCCCCUACCCAUGAGAAUUCAGUCUCUUCUGGAAGCAGCACACCGUCUCCAUAUUCCUCAGCCUCACUUGAAUCCUUGGAUUCCACAAUCAGUAGGAGGAAUGCAAUCACUUCCUGGCUAUGGGACCUCACUACAUCUCUCCCCACUACAACUUGGCCAGGUACUAGUUUAUCUGAGGCACUGUCCUCAGCUCAUUCUGGGGUUUCAAACCCAAGUUCAACUACGACCAAAUUUCCACUCUUUUCAGCUGCAUCCACAUCUGCUGCUAAGCAAAGAAAUCCAGAAACAGAGACCCAUGGUCCCCAGAAUAUAGCCCCGAGUACUUUGAGCACUGAUGCAUCCUCGGUCACAGGUCUUUCUGAGACUCCUGUGGGGGCAAGUACCAGCUCUGAAGUCCCUCUUCCAAUGGCCACAACUUCUAGAUCAGAUGUUUCUGGCCUUAAAUCUGAGAGUACUGCUAACAUGAGUUUAGGCACAGCCUCUUCAGCAGGGACCGAAUUAACUAGGACAAUAUCCCUGCCCACUUCAGAGUCUUUGGUUUCCUUUAGAAUGAACAAGGAUCCAUGGACAGUGUCAAUCUCUUUGGGGUCCCAUCCAACUACUAAUACAGAAACAAGCAUCCCAGUAAACAGCGCAGGUCCACCUGGCUUGUCCACAGUAGCAUCAGAUGUAAUUGACACACCUUCAGAUGGGGCUGAAAGUAUUUCCACUGUCUCCUUUUCCCCCUCCCCUGAUACUGAAGUGACAACUGUCUCACAUUUCCCAGAAAAGACAACUCAUUCAUUUAGAACCAUUUCAUCUCUCACUCCUGAGUUGACUUCAAGAGUGACACCUACUCCUGGGGAUUGGAUGAGUUCGGCUAUGUCUACAAAGCCCACAGGAGCCAGUCCCUCCAUUACACUGGGAGAGAGACGGACAAUCAUCUCUGCUGCUCCACCCACUUACCCUAUAGUUCUCACUGCUAGUUUCACAGAGACCAGCACAGUUUCACUGGAUAAUGAAACUACAGUAAAAACCUCAGAUAUCCUUGACGCACGGACAACAAAUGAGCUCCCCUCAGAUAGCAGUUCUUCUGAUCUGAUCAACACCUCCAUAGCUUCUUCAACUAUGGAUGUCACUAAAACAGCCUCCAUCAGUCCCACUAGCAUCUCAGGAAUGACAGCAAAUUCCUCCCCAUCUCUCUUCUCUUCAGAUAGAUCCCAGGUGCCCACAUCUACAACAGAGACAAAUACAGCCACCUCUUCAUCUGUUUCCAGUAACACCUAUUCUCUUGAUGGGGGCUCCAAUGUGGGUGGCACUCCAUCCACUUUACCACCCUUUACAAUCACCCACCCUGUCGAGACAAGCUCGGCCCUAUUAGCCUGGUCUAGACCAGUAGGAUCUUUCAGCACCAUGGUCAGCACUAACACUGCCGCUGGACAAAAUCCUACCUUUAGCAAUUCUGUGGUGAUUUCUGUUCCAGCACCAGGUACAUGGACCAGUGUAGGCAGUACUACUGACUUACCUGCCAUGGGCUCUCUCAAGACAAGUCCUGCAGGGGAGACACACUCACUUCCAGCAUCAACUGUUGAACCAGCCACUGCCUUCACUCCCCAUCUCUCAGCAGCAGUGGUCACUGGAUCCAGGGCUACAUCAGAAGCCAGUCUUCUCACUAUGAGUGAAAGCAAAGCCAUUCAUUCUUCACCACAGACCCCAACUACACCCACCUCUGGAGCAAGCUGGGAAACUUCAGCUACUCCUGAGAGCCUUUUGGUAGUCACUGAGACUUCAGACACAACACUCACCUCAAAGAUUUCAGUCACAGAUACCAUCUUGUUUUCAACUGUGUCCACACCACCUUCUAAACUUCCAAGUACAGGGACUCUCUCUGGAGCUUCCUUCCCUACUUUACUCCCGGACACUCCAGCCAUCCCUCUCACUGCCACUGAGCCAACAAGUUCAUUAGCUACAUCCUUUGAUUCCACCCCACUGGUGACUAUAACUUCGGAUAGUCUUGGCACAGUCCCAGAGACUACCCUGACCAUGUCAGAGACCUCAAAUGGUGAUGCACUGAUUCUUAAGACAGUAAGUAACCCAGAUAGGAGCAUCCCUGGAAUCACUAUCCAAGGAGUAGCAGAAAGUCCACUCCAUCCUCCUUCCACUUCCCCUUCUAAGAUUGUUGCUCCACGGAACACAACUUGUGAAGGUUCAACCACUGUGGCACUUUCUACUUUGCCUGCAGGAACUACUGGUUCCCUUGUAUUCAGUCAGAGUUCUGAUAACUCAGAGACAAUGGCUUUGGUGGACUCAUCAGCUGGGCUUGAGAGGCCAUCUAUGAUGCCACUAACCACAGGAAGCCAGGGUUUGGCCAGCUCUGGAGGAAUCAGAAGUGGGUCCACUCACUCAACUGGAACCAAAACAUUUUCUUAUCUCCCUCUGACCAUGAACCCAGGUGAGGUUACAGCCAUGUCUGAAAUCAUCACGAACAGACUGACAGAUACUCAAUCAACAGCACUCAAAGGGAUACCUGUGAAGCCCAUCAGUGCUGAGUCAGGACUCCUAACACCUGUCUCUGCUUCCUCAAGCCCAUCAAAGGCCUUUGCAUCACUGACUACAGCUCCCCCAACUUGGGGGAUCCCACAGUCCACCUUGACCUUUGAGUUUUCUGAGGUCCCAACUUUGGAUACUAAGUCCACUUCUUUACCAACUCCUGGACAGUCCCUGAACACCAUUCCAGACUCAGAUGCAAGCACAGCAUCUUCCUCACUGUCCAAGUCUCCAGAAAAAAACCCAAGGGCAAGGAUGAUGACUUCCACAAAGGCCAUAAGUGCAAGCUCAGUUCAAUCAACAGGUUUUACUGAAAUCCCUGAGGGAUCUGCCUCCCAUUCUAUGGCAGGGCACGAACCCAGAGUCCCCACUUCAGGAACAGGGGACCCUGGAUAUGCCUCAGAGAGCAUGUCUUAUCCAGACCCAAGCAAGGCAUCAUCAGCUAUGACCUCGACCUCUCUUGCAUCAAAACUCACAACUCUCUUCAGCACAGGUCAAGCAGCAAGGUCUGGUUCUAGUUCCUCUCCCAUAAGCCUACCCACUGAGAAAGAAACCAGCUUCCUUUCCCCCACUGCAUCCACCUCCAGAAAGACUUCACUCUUUCUUGGACCUUCCAUGGCAAGACGGCCCAACACAUUGGUGCAUCUUCAGACUUCAGCUCUGACACUUUCUCCAACAUCCACUCUAAAUAUGUCCCAGGAGAAGCCUCCUGAGAUAACUUCAAGCCAGACCACUACAGAAGAAGAGAGCACAACAGCUGAAACACAGAUGUUAACUUUCAUACCAUCUGAGACCCCGACAUCCUUGUUACCUGUCUCUUCUCCCACAGAACCCACAGCCAGAAGAAAGGGUUCUCCAGAAACAUGGGCAAGCUCUAUUUCAGUUCCUGCCAAGACCUCGUUGGUUGAAACAACUGAUGGAAUGCUAGUGCCCACCACAAAGAUGUCAAGCCAGGCAGCACAAGGAAAUUCCACGUGGCCUGCCCCAGCAGAGGAGACGGGGACCAGUCCAGCAGGCACAUCCCCAGGAAGCCCAGAAAUGUCUACCGCUCUCAAAAUCAUGAGCUCCAAGGAACCCAGCAUCAGCCCAGAGAUCAGGUCCACUGUGAGAAAUUCUCCUUGGAAGACUCCAGAAACAACUGUUCCCAUGGAGACCACAGUGGAACCAGUCACCUUUCAGUCCACAGCCCUAGGAAGUGGCAGCACCAGCCUCUCUCACCUGCCCACAAGAGCCACAUCACCAACCAAGUCAUCAACAGAAAAUGCGUUGGCUACAGAAAGGGUCUCCCUCUCCCCAUCCCCACCUGAGGCUUGGACCAACCUUUAUUCUGGAACUCCAGGAGGGACAAGGCAGUCACUGGCCACAGUGCCCUCUGUCUCACUAGAGUCACCAACUGCUAGAAGCAUCACAGGGACUGGUCAGCAAAGCAGUCCAGAACUGGUUUCAAAGACAACUGGAAUGGAAUUCUCUGUGUGGCAUGGCUCUACUGGAGGGACCACAGUGGACACACUUGUCUCUCUGAGCACAUCUUCCAAUAUCCUUGAAGACUCUGUAACCAACCCAAACUCUGUGAGCUCAGUGACAGAUAAAUCCAAACAUAAAACCGAGACAUGGGUCAGCACCACAGCCACUCCCUCCACUGUCCUGAAUAACAAGACAAUGGCAGCUGAACAACAGACAAGUCGAUCUGUGGAUGAGGCUUAUUCAUCAACCAGUUCUUGGUCAGAUCAGACAUCUGGGAGUGACAUCACCCUUGGUGCAUCUCCUGAUGUCACAAACACAUUAUACAUCACCUCCACAGCACAAACCACCUCACUAGUAUCUCUGCCCUCUGGAGACCAAGGCAUUACCAGCCUCACUAAUCCCUCAGGAGGAAAAACAAGCUCUGCAUCAUCUGUCACAUCCCCUUCAAUAGGGCUUGAGAGUCUGAUGGCCGUCGUAAGUGCAGUGACCAGUGACAUUGCCCCUACUGCUGGGCAUCUAUCUCAGACUUCAUCUCCUAUGGAAGUGAGCAUCCUGGAUGUAACCACAACUCCUACUCCAGGUAUUUCCACCACCAUCACCACCAUGAGAACCAACUCAAUCUUGACUACCACACCCAACCCAGAAGUGGGUGUGAGUACCGUGGACAGCACCCUGGCCACAGAGAGGCGCACAUCUUCUACAGAACACCCUGCCACCUGGUCCUCCACAGCUGCAUCAGAUUCCUGGACUGUCACAGACAUGACUUCAAACUUGAAAGUUGCAAGUUCUCCUGGAACAAUUUCUACAAUGCAUACAACUUCAUUCUUAGCCUCAAGCACUGAAUUAGACUCCAUGUCUACUCCCCAUGGCCUUAUAACUGUCAUUGGAACCAGCCUGGUCACUCCAUCCUCUGAUGCUUCAACUGUAAGGACAGAGACCAGUACAAGUGAAAGAACAUUGAGUCUCUCAGACACAACUGCAUCUACUCCCAUCUCAACUUUUCCUCGUGUCCAGAGGAUGAGCAUCUCAGUUCCUGACAUUUUAAGUACAAGUUGGACUCCCAGUAGUACAGAAGCAGAAGAUGUGCCUGUUUCAAUGGUUUCUACAGAUCAUGCUAGUACAAAGACUGACCCAAAUAUGCCCCUGACUGUUUUUCUGUUUGAUUCUCUGUCCACUCUUGACUGGGACACUGGGAGAUCUGUGUCAUCAGCCACAGCCACUACCUCAGCUCCUCAGGGGGCCACAACUCCUCAAGAACUCACUUUGGAAACCAUGAUCAGCCCAGCUACCUCGCAGCUGCCCUUCUCUAUAGGGGACGUUACAAGUGCAGUCACACCAGCUGCAAUGGCAAGGAGCUCUGGAGUUACUUUUUCAAGACCAGAUCCCACAAGCAAAAAGGCAGAGCAGACUUCUACUCAGCUUCCCACCACAACUUCUGCACAUCCAGGGCAGGUGCCCAGAUCAGCAGCAACAACUCUGGAUGUGAUCCCACACACAGCAAAAACCCCAGAUCCAACUCUUCAGAGACAAGGGCAGAUGGCUCUUACAACAGAGGCAAGAGCUACAUCUGACUCUUGGAAUGAGAAAGAAAAAUCAACCUCAAGUGCACCGUGGAUCACUGAGAUGAUGAAUUCUGUCUCAGAAGAGACCAUCAAGGAGGUUACCAGCUCCUCCAGUGUAUUAAGGACCCUGAAUACACUGGACAUAAACUUGGAAUCUGUGACGACUUCAUCCCCAAGUUGGAAAAGCAGCCCAUAUGACAGAAUUGCCCCUUCUGAGUCCACCACAGACAAAGAGGCAAUUCACCCUUCUACAAACACAGUAGAGACCACAGGCUGGGUCACAAGUUCCGAACACACUUCUCAUUCCACUGUCCCAGCCCACUUAGAGUCAUCCAAACUCACAUCUCCAGUGGUUACUGCCUCUACCAGGGAACAAGCAAUUGUUUCUGUGUCAACAACCACAUGGCCAGAGUCUACAAGGGCUAGAACAGAGCCUAAUUCCUCCUUGACUAAUGAACUCAGGGACUUCAACCCUUACGUGGACACCAGCUCAACCACACAAACAAGUAUUAUCUCUUCCCCAGGUUCCACUGCGAUCACCAAGGGGCCUAGAACAGAAAUUACCUCUUCUAAGAGAUUAUCCAGCUCAUUCCUUGCCCAGUCUAUGAGGUCGUCAGACAGCCCCUCAGAAGCCAUCACCAGGCUGUCUAACUUCUCUGCCAUGACAGAAUCUGGAGGAAUGAUCCUCACUAUGCAAACAAGUCCACCUGGCGCUACAUCACUAAGUGCACCUACUUUGGAUACAUCAGCCACAGCCUCCUGGACAGGGACUCCAUUGGCUAUGACUCAGAGAUUUACAUACUCAGAGAAGACCACUCUCUUUAGCAAAGAUCCUGAGGAUACAUCACAGCCAAGCCCUCCCUCUGUGGAAGAAACCAGCUCUUCCUCUUCCCUGGUACCUAUCCAUGCUACAACCUCACCUUCCAAUAUUUUGUUGACAUCACAAGGACACAGUCCCCCCUCUACUCCACCUGUGACCUCAGUUUUCUUGUCUGAGACCUCUGGCCUGGGGAAGACCACAGACAUGUCGAGGAUAAGCUUGGAACCUGGCACCAGUUUACCUCCCAAUUUGAGCAGUACAGCAGAUGAGGCAUUAUCCACUUAUGAAGCCUCUAGAGAUACAAAGCCAAUUCAUCAUUCUGCAGACACAGCAGUAAUGAAUGUGGAGGUAACCAGUUCUGAACAUUCUCCUGUCCCAGUCCAUCCAAAGCCAUCCAAAGCCACAUCUCCAUUGGUUACCUCCCACAUCAUGGGGGACAUCACUUCUUCCACAUCAGUGUUUGGCUCCUCUGAGACCACAGAGAUUGAGACAGUGUCCUCUGUGAACCAGGGACUUCAGGAGAGAAGCACAUCCCAGGUGGCCAGCUCUGCUACAGAGACAAGCACUGUCAUUACCCAUGUGUCUAGUGGUGAUGCUACUACUCAUGUCACCAAGACAGAAGCCACUUUCUCUAGCGGAACAUCCAUCCCAAGCCCUCAUCACUUCAAAACUUCUACCAACACAUUUACAAAUGUGAGCACCAACCCCUCCACCUCUCUGAUAAUGACAGAAUCUUCAGGAGUGACCAUCACCACCCAAACAGGUCCUACUGGAGCUACAACACAGGGUUCAUAUCUCUUGGACACAUCAACCGUGCCUUACUUGACAGAGACUCCAUUGGCUAUGACUCCAGAUUUUAUGCAAUCAAAGAAGACCACUCUCAUGAGCAAAGGUCCCAAGGAUGUGUCAUGGACAAGCCCUCCCUCUGAGGCAGAAACCAUCUAUCCCUCUUCCCUGACACCUAUCUUGGUCACAACCAUACCUCCUGCCACUUCCACGUUACAAGGGCAACAUACAUCCUCUCCUGUUUCUGUGACUUCAGUUCUCACCUCUGGACUGGUGAAGACCACAGAUAUGUUGAACACAAGCAUGGAACCUGUGACCAAUUCACCUCAAAGUUUGAACAACACAUCAAAUGAGAUACUGGCCACUUUGGAAGCCACCACAGAUAUACAGACAAUUCAUCCUUCCAUAAACAAAGCAGUGACCUAUAUGGGGACCGCCAGUUCAGCACAUGUACUGCAUUCUGCUCUCCCAGUCAGCUCAGAAGCAUCCACAGCCACAUCUCCAAUGGUCCCUGCCUCCACCAUGGGGGACGCUCUUGCUUCUACAUCAACACCUGGUUCUGAGACCACAGACAUUGAGGGAGAGCCAACAUCCUCCCUGACUGCUGGACGUAAAGAGAACAGCACCCUCCAGGAGAUGAACUCAACUACAGAGUCAAACAUCAUCCUCUCCAAUGUGUCUGUGGGGGCUACUGAAGCCUCCAAAAUGCAAGUCCCCUCUUUUGAUGCAACAUUCAUACCAACUCCUGCUCAGUCAACAAAGUUCCCAGAUAUUUUCUCAGUAGCCAGCAGUAGACUUUCAAACUCUCCUCCCAUGACAAUAUCUACCCACAUGACCACCACCCAGACAGGGUCUUCUGGAGCUACAUCAAAGAUUCCACUUGCCUUAGACACAUCAACCUUGGAAACCUCAGCAGGGACUCCAUCAGUGGUGACUGAGGAGUUUGCCCACUCAAAAAUAACCACUGCAAUGAACAAUGAUGUCAAAGACAUGUCACAGACAAGCCCUCCCUUUCAGGAUGAAGCCAGCUCUCUUUCUUCUCAGGCACCUGUCCUUGUCACAACCUUACCUUCUCCUGUUGCUUUCACACCGCAAUGGCACAGUACCUCCUCUACUGUUUCUGUGUCUUCAGUUCUUACUUCUUCACUGGUAAAGACCACAGGCAAGGUGGAUACAAGCUUAGAAAUGGUGACCAGUUCACCUCAAAGUAUGAGCAACACUUUGGAUGACAUAUUGGCCACUUCAGCAGCCACCACAGAUAUAAAGACAAAGCAUCCUUCCAUAAACACAGCAGUGACCAAUGUGGGGACCACCGGUUCAGCAUUUGAAUCGCAUUCUACUGUCUCAGCUGACCCAGAGCCAUCUAAAGUCACGUCUCCAAAUGUUACCACCUCCACCGUGGAAGACACCACAACUUCCGGAUCAAUACCUAGAUCCUCUAAGACUACAAGAAUUGAGACUGAGACAACUUCCUCCCUGACUCCUAAACUGAGGGAGUCCAGCAUCUCCCAGGAGAUCACCUCGUCCACGGAGACAAGCACUGUUCCUUACAAAGCGCUCACUGGUGCCACUACCGAGGUAUCCAGGACAGAUGUCACUUCCUCUAGCAGUACAUCCAUCCCUGGCCCUGAUCAGUCCAUAGUGUCACUAGACAUCUCCACAGAAACCAACACCAGGCUGUCUACCUCCCCAAUAAUGACAGAAUCUGCAGAAAUAACCAUCACCACCCAAACAGGUCCUCAUGGGGCUACAUCACAGGAUACUUUUACCAUGGACACAUCAAAUACAACCCCCAAGGCAGGGAUCCACUCAGCUAUGACUCAUGGAUUUUCACAAUUGGAUGUGACCACUCUUACGAGCAGAAUUCCACAGGAUGUAUCAUGGACAAGUCCUCCCUCUGUGGAAGAAACCAGCUCCCCCUCUUCCUUUCUGUCUUCACCUGCAAUGACCACACCUUCCCCAAUUUCCUCUACCUUACCAGAGGAUAGGCUCUCCUCUCCUAUGACUUCACUUCUCACCUCUGGCCUAGCGAAGAUCACAGACAUAUUACGUACACACUUGGAACCUGUGACCAGUUCACUUCCAAAUUUCAGCAGCACCUCAGAUAAGAUGCUGGCCACUUCUAAAGACAGUAAAGACACAAAGGAAAUUUUUCCUUCCAUAAACACAGCAGAGACCAAUGUGAAAGCCAACAACUCUGGACAUGAAUCCCAUUCCUCUGCACUGGCUGCCUCAGAGACACCCAAAGCCACAACUCAAAUGGUUAUUGCCACAACUGUGGGAGAUCCAGCUCCUUCCACAUCAAUGCCAGUGCGUGGUUCCUCUAAGACUACAAACAUUAAGAGAGAGUCAACAUAUUUCUUGACUCCUAGACUGAGGGAGACCAGUACCUCUCAGGAGUCCAGUUUUUCCACAGACAGGAGUUUUCUACUUUCCAAAGUCCCCACUGGUACUAUUACUGAGGUCUCCAGUACAAAGGUCAUCUCUUCUAGCAAAAUUUCAACCCCAGACCAUGAUAAGUCUACAAUGCCACCUGACACCUUCACAGGAGAGAUCCCCAGGGUCUUCACCUCCUCUAUUGAGACAAAAUCUGCAGAAAUGACGAUCACCACCCAAGCAAGUCCUCCUGGGUCUGCAUCACACGGUACCCUUCCAUUGGACACAUCAACCACACUUUCCCAGGGAGGGACUCAUUCAACUGUGACUCAGGGAUUCCCACACUCAGAGGUGACCACUCUCAUGAGCAUGGGUCCUGAGAAUGUGUCAUGGAUGACAACUCCCCCUGUGGAAAAAUCCAGCUCUGUGUCUUCCCUGAUGUCUUUGCCUGCCAUGACAUCCCCUUCUCCUGUUUCCUCCACAUCACCAGAGAGCAUCCCCUCCUCUCCUCUUCCUGUGACUGCACGUCCUACUUCUGUUCUGGUGACAACCACAGAUGUGUUGGGCACAACAAGCCCAGAGUCUGUAACCAGUUCACCUCCAAAUUUGAGCAGCACCACUCAUGAGAGACCGACCACUUACAAAGACACUGCACACACAGAAGCCACCAUGCAUCUUUCCACAAACACAGCAGUGACCAAUGUAGGGACUUCCGGGUCUGGACAUAAAUCACAAUCCUCUGUCCUAGCUGACUCAGAGACAUCAAAAGCCACACCUCUGAUGAGUACCACCUCCACCACUGGGGACACAAGUGUUUUCAUAUCAACUCCUGAUAUCUCUCAAACUAGCCAAAUUCAAACAGAGUCAACGGCAUCCCUGACCCCUAGAAUGAGGGAGAGAAGAACGUCUGAGAAGACCAGCUCAGCGACAGAAACAAAUACUGCCUUUUCUUAUGUGCCCACGGGUGCUACUACUCAGGCCUCCAGGACAGAAGUCAUCUCCUCUAGCAGAACAUCCAUCUCAGACCUUGAUCAGUCUACAAUGACACCCAACAUCUCCACAGGAAUGAUCACCAGGCUCUUCACCUCCCCCAUCAUGACAAAAUCUGCAGAAAUGAGCAUCACCACUCAAACAACUACUCCUAGGGCUACAUCACACGGUACCCUUCCCUUGGACACAUCAACCACGCUCUUCCAGGGAGGGACUCAUUCAACCAUGUCUCAGGGAUUCCCACACUUAGAGAUAACCACUCUUAGGAGUGGAAAUCCUGGAGAUGUGUCAUGGAUGACAACUCCCUCUGUAGAAGAAACCAGCUCUGGGUUUUCCCUGAUGUCACCCUCCAUGACAUCCCCUUCUCCUGUUUCCUCCACAUCACCAGAGAGCAUCCCCUCCUCUCCUCUCCCUGUGACUGCACUUCUUACUUCUGUUCUGGUGACAACCACAGAUGUGUUGGGCACAACAAGCCCAGAUCCCGUAACCAGUUCACCUCCAAAUUUAAGCAGCCCCACACAUGAGAGACUGACCACUUACAAAGACACUGCACAUACAGAAGCCAUGCAUCCUUCCACAAACACCGCAGUGGCCAGCGUGGGGACCUCCAUUUCUGGACUUGAAUCACAAUCUUCUGUCCUAGCUGACUCAGACACAUCCAAAGCCACAUCUCCAGUGGGUACCACCUUCACUAUGGGGGAUGCAAGUGUUUCUACAUCAACUCCUGCCUUCUUUGAAACUAGAAUUCAGACGGAAUCAACAUCCUCUUUGACUCCUGGAUUAAAGGACACCAGCAUGUCUGAGGAGAUCAACACUGUGACAGAGACAAGCACUGUCCUUUCAGAAGUGCCCACUAUUACUACUACUGAGGUCUCCAGGACAGAAGUUCUCACCUCUAGCAGGACAUCCAUCUCAGGGCCUGAUCAUUCCAAAAUGUCACCCUCCAUCUCUACAGAAACCAUCACCAGGCUCUCCACUUCUCCUGUUGUAACAGGAUCCACAGAAAUGACCAACCAAACAGGUCCUAUAGGGACUACCUCACAGGCGACCCUUACCCUGGACACAUCAAGCACAGCUUCCUGGGAAGGAACGCACUCACCUGUGACUCAGAGAUUGCCACACUCAGAGGAGACCACUACUAUGAGCAGAGGUACUAAGGGCGUGUCAUGGCAAAGCCCUCCCUCUGUGGAAGAAACCAGUUCUCCUUCUUCCCCGGUGCCUUUACCUGCAAUAACCUCACAUUCACCUCUUUAUUCCACACUAUCAGGAAGUAGCCCUGCUUCUCCUCUCCCUGUGACUUCCCUUCCCACCUCUGGCGGGAGGAAGACCACAGACAUGUUGAACGCACGCUCAGAACCUGUGACCAGCUCCUUACCAAGUGCAAGUAGCUUCUCAGGUGAGAGACCCACUUCUGAAGCCUCCACAAACACAGAGACAAUUCACUUUUCAGAGAACACAGCAGAAACCAAUAUGGGGACCACCAGUUCUAUGCAUGAACUGUAUUCCUCUGUCUCAAUCCACUCUCAGCCAUCUAGACACACACCUCCAAAAGUUACUGGGUCUAUGACGGAGGACGCUAUUGUUUCCACAUCAACACCUGGUUCUCCUGAGACUACAAAUAUUGACAGAGAGUCAACAUCCUCCCUGACUCCUGAACUGACAGAGAACAGCACCACCCUGGUGAUGAACUCAACUACAGAGUCAAACAUUGUUUUCUCCAGUGUGUCCAUGGAUGCUGCUACUGAGGUCUCCAGGGCAGAAGUCACCUACUAUGAUCCUACAUUCAUGCCAGCUUCUGCUCAGUCAACAGAGUCCCCAGACAUUUCACCUGAAGCCAGCAGCAGACAUUCUAACUCUCCUCCCUUGACAAUAUCUACACACAAGACCAUCACCACACAAACAGAUCCUUCUGAGGUGACAUCUCUUGGCCAACUGACCUUGGACACAUCAACCAUAGCCACUCCAGCAGGAACUCCAUCAGCCGGAACUCAGGAUUUCGUAGAUUCAGAAACAACCACUGUCGUGAACAAUGAUCUCAAUGAUGUGUCGAAGACAAGCCCUUUCUCUGCAGAAGAAGCCAACUCUCUCUCUUCUCAGGCACCUGUCCUUGUGACAACCUCACCUUCUCCUGUAACUUCCACAUUGCAAGUGCACAGUACCUCCUCUCUUGUUUCUGUGACCUCAGUACCCACCCCUGCACUGGUGAAGAUCACAGACAUGGAUACAAACUUAGAACCUGUGACUCGUUCACCUCAAAGUUUAAGGAACACCUUGGCCACUUCAGAAGCCACCACAGAUACACACACAAUGCAUCCUUCUAUAAACACAGCAGUGGCCAAUGUGGGGACCACCAGUUCACCACAUGAAUUCUAUUUUACUGUCUCACCUGACUCAGAGCCAUAUAAAGCCACAUCUGCAGUAGUUAUCACUUCCACCACGGGGGACUCAAUAGUUUCCACAUCAAUGCCCAGAUCCUCUGAGAUGGCAAAGAUUGAGUCUGAGACAACUUCCUCCCUGAUCUUUAGACUGAGGGAGACUAGCACCUCCCAGAAAAUUGGCUCAUCCUCAGACACAAGCACUGUGUUUGACAAAGCAUUCACUGCUGCUACUACUGAGGUCUCCAGAACAGAACUCACCUCCUCUAGCAAAACAUCCAUCCAAGGCACUGAAAAGCCCACGAUGUCACCAGACACCUCCACAGGAUCUGUUACCAUGCUUUCUACCUUUUCUGGCCUGACAAAAUCUGAAGAAAUGACCAUUGCCACCCAAACAGGUCCUCAUAGGGCUACAUCACAGGAUACCCUUACCUGGGACACAUCAAUCACAACCUCACAGGCAGGGACCCACUCAGCUAUGACUCAUGGAUUUUCACAAUUAGAUGUGUCCACUCUUACGAGUAGAGUUCCUGAGUACAUGUCAGGGACAAGCCCACCCUCUGUGGAAAAAACCAGCUCUUCCUCUUCCCUUCUGUCUUUACCAGCAAUAACCUCACCGUCCCCUGUGCCUACUACAUUACUAGAAAGUAGGCCCUCGUCUCCUGUUCAUCUGACCUCACUCCCCACCUCUGGCCUGGUGAAGACCACAGAUAUGCUGGCAUCUGUGGCCAGUUUACCUCCAAACUUGGGCAGCGCCUCACAUAAGAUCCCGACUACUUCUGAAGACAUUAAAGAUAUAGGAAAAAUAUAUCCUUCCACAAGCAUAGCAGUAACCAAUGUGGGGACCACCACUUCUGAAAAGGAAUCUUAUUCAUCUGUCCCAGCCUACUCAGAACGACCCAAAGUCACCUCUCCAGUGGUUACCUCUUUCACCAUAAGGGACACCAAUUUUUCCACAUCCAUGCCUGGCUCCUCUGAGAUUACAAGGAUUGAGAUGGAGUCGACAUCCUCCCUGGCUCAUGGGCUGAAGGAAACCAGCACCUCCCAGGAGCCCAUCGUAUCCACAGAGAAAAGUGCUGUCCUUCACAAGGUGACCACUGGUGUUACUCCUGAGACCUCUAGGACAGAAGUUGCCUCUUCUAGAAGAACAUCCAUUCCCGGCCCUGAUCAUUCCACAAAGUCACAAAACAUCUCCACUGAAAUGACCCCCAGGCUGCCUAUCUCCCCUGGCAUUACAGAAUCUGCCAAUGUGACCAUCAUCAGUCAAACAGGCCCUCCUCUUGGAUCUACAUCACAGAGCACAUUUACCUUGGAUACACCAGCUACACGCUCCAGGGCAGGAACACACUCGAUGGUGACUCAGGAAUUUUCACACUCAGAAAUGACCACUCUCAUGAACAAGGGCCCUGAGAUUCUAUCACGGACAAUCCCUCUUUCUAUAGAGAAAACCAGCUUCUCCUCUUCCCUGAUGCCCUCACCAGCCAUGACUUCACCUUCACCUGUUUCCUCAACAUUACCAAAGACCGUUCACAACACUCCUUCUCCUAUGACCUCACUGCUCACCUCUAGCCUAGUGAUGACCACAGACACAUUGGGCACAAGCCCAGAACCUACAACCAGUUCACCUCCAAAUUUGAGCAGUACCUCACAUGAGAUACUGACGACAGAUGAAGACACCACAGCUAUGGAAGCCAUGCAUCCUUCCACAAGCACAGCAGUGACUAAUGUGGAAACCACCAGUUCUGGACAUGGGUCACAAUCCUCUGUCCUAGCUGACUCAGAAAAAACCAAGGCCACAGCUCCAAUGGAUACCACCUCCACUAUGGGGCAUACAACUGUUUCCACAUCAAUGUCUGUUUCCUCUGAGAUUACAAAAAUUAAGAGAGAGUCAACAUUUUCCUUGACUCCCGGACUGAGGGAGACCAGCAUUUCCCAAAAUGCCAACUUUUCCACUGACACAAAUAUUGUUCUUUCAGAAGUCCCCACUGGUACUACUGCUGAGGUCUCCAGGACAGAAGUCACCUCCUCUGGUAGAACAUCCAUCCCUGGCCCUUCUCAGUCCACAAUGUUGCCAGAAAUAUCCACAAGAACAAUGGCAAGGCUCUUUGCCUCACCCACCAUGACAGAAUCAGCAGAAAUGACCAUCCUCACCCAAACAGGUCCUUCUGGGUCGACAUCACAGAAUACCCUUACCUUGGACACAUCCACCACAGAGUCCCAGGCAAAGACUCAUUCAACUUUGACUCAGAGAUUUCCACACUCGGAGAUGACCACUCUCAUGAGCAGAGGCCCUGGAGGUAUGUCAUGGCAAAGCUCUUCCUCUGUGGAAAAACCCAGCUCUCUCCCUUCCCUGCUGUCUUUACCUGCCACAACCUCACCUCCUUCCGUUUCCUCCACAUUACCAGUGAGUAUCUCCUCCUCUCCUCUUCCUGUGACUUCACUUCUCACCUCUGGCCCAGUGAUGACCACAGACACGUUACACACAAGCCCAGAACCUGUAACAAGUUCACCUCCAAAGCUGAGCCACACUUCAGAGGAGAGACUGACCACUGGCAAGGACACCACAAAUACAGAACCUGUGCAUCCUUCCACAAACACAGCAGCGUCCAAUGUGGAGACCCCCAGCUCUGGACAUGAAUCCCCUUCCUCUGCCCUAGCUGACUCAGAAACAUCCAAAGCCUCAUCACCAAUGUUUAUUACCUCCACCCAGGAGGACACAACUGUUGCCAUGUCAACCCCUCACUUCUUGGAGACUAGCAGAAUUCAGAAAGAGUCAAUUUCUUCCCUGAGCCCUAAAUUGAGGGAGACAGGCAGUUCUAUGGAGACAAGCUCAGCCACAGAGACAAGUGCUGUCCUUUCUGAAGUGCCCACUGGUGCUACUACUGAGAUCUCCAGGACAGAAGUCACCUCCUCUAGCAGAACAUCCAUCUCGGGUUCUGCUGAGUCCACAAUGUUACCAGAAAUAUCCACCACAAGAAAAAUCACUAAGUUCCCUACCUCCCCCGUCAUGGCAGAAUCAUCAGAAAUGACCAUCAAGACCCAAACAAGCCCUCCUGGGUCUACACCAGAGAGUACCUUUACAUUGGACACAUCAACCACUCCCUCCUUGGUAAUGACCCAUUCGACUAUGAUUCAGAGAUUGCCACACUCAGAGAUAACCACUCUUGUGAGUAGAGGUCCUGGAGAAGUGCCAUGGCCUAGCUCUCCCCCUGUGGAAGAAACCAGCCCUCCAUCUUCCCAGCUGUCUUUAUCUUCCAUCAUCUCACCUUCUCCUGUUUCUUCCACAUUACCAGCAAGUAGCCACUCCUCUUCUGCUUCUGUGACUUCGCUUCUCACACUAGGCCAAGUGAAGACUACAGAGGUGUUGAACACAAGCGCAGAACCUGAAACCAGUUCACCUCCAAGUUGGAGCAACACCUCAGUUGAAAUACUGGCCACCUCUGAAGUCACCACAGAUGCAGAGAAAAUUCAUCCUUUCUCAAACACAGCAGUAACCAAAGUUGAAACUUCCAGUUCUGGACAUGAAUCCCCUUCCACUGUCCUACGUGACUCAGAGACAACCAAAGCCACAUCGCCAAUGGGUACCAUCUCCAUCAUGGGGGAUACAAGUGUUUCUACAUUAACUUCUGCCUUAUCUAACACUAGGAACAUUCAGACAGAGCCAGCUUCCUCACUGACCACCAGAUUGAGGGAGACCAACACCUCUGAAGAGACCAGCUCAGCCACAGAGGCAAACACUGUUCUUUCUAAAGUGUCCACUGGUGCUACUACUGAGGUCUCCAGGACAGAAGCCAUCUCCUUUAGCAGAACAUCCAUCUCAGGCCCUGAGCAGUCCACAAUGUCACAAGACAUCUCUGUGGAAACCAUCACCAGGAUUUCUGCCUCCUCUGUCAUGACAGAAUCUGCAAAAAUGACCAUCACAACCCAAACAGGUCCUCCGGAGUCUACACUAGAAAGUACCCUUAAUUUGGACACAGCAACCACACCCUCUUGGGUAAAAACUCACUCUACAGUAAUUCAGGGAUUUCCACACCCAGAGAUGACCACUUCCAUGGGCAGAGGUCUUGGAGGUGUGUCAUGGCCUAGCCCUUCCUUUGUAAAAGAAACCAACCCUCCAUCUUCCCCUCUGUCUUUACCUGCCAUGACUUCACCUCAUCCUGUUUCCACCACAUUCCCAGCACAUAUCCCCCCCUCUCCCCUUCCUGUGACUUCACUUCUCACCUCUGGCCCGGUGACAACCACAGAUAACUUGGGUACAAGCACAGAACCUGGAACCAGUUCAUCUUCAAGUUUGAGCACCACCUCCCAUGAGAGCCUGACCACUUACAAAGACACUGCACAUACAGAAGCCGUGUAUCCUUCCACAAACACAGGAGGGACCAGUGUGGUGACCACCAGCUCUGGAUAUAAAUCACAAUCCUCUGUCCUAGCUGACUCAGAGACAUCCAAAGCCUCAUCUCCAAUGGGUACCGCCUCCACCAUGGGGGAUACAAGCGUUCUCACACCAACUCCUGCCAUCCUUGAGACUAGGAGGAUUCAGACAGAGCCAGCUUCCUCCCUGACCCCUGGAUUGAGGGAGUCCGGCGGCUCUGAAGGGACCAGCUCAGGCACUAAGAUGAGCACUGUCCUCUCUAAAGUGCCCACUGGUGCUACUACUGAGAUCUCCAAGGAAGACGUCACCUCCAUCCCAGGUCCCGCUCAAUCCACAAUAUCACCAGACAUCUCCACAGGAACUGUCAGCUGGUUCUCUACAUCCCCUGUCAUGAGAAAAUCAGCAGAAAUAACCAUGAAUACCCAUACAAGUCCUUUAGGGGCCACAACACAAGGCACCAGUACUUUGGACAUGUCAGGCACAACCUCGUUGACAACGACACACUCAACUGUAUCUCAAGGAUUUUCACACUCACAGAUGAGCACUCUUAUGAGGAAGGGUCCUGAGGAUGUAUCAUGGAUAAGCCCUCCCCUUCUGGAAAAAACUAGACCUUCAUUUUCUCUGAUGUCUUCACCAGCCACAACUUCACCUUCUCCUGUUUCCUCCACAAUACCAGAGAGCAUCUCUUCCUCUCCUCUUCCUGUGACUUCACUCCUCACGUCUGGCUUGGAAAAAACUACAGAUAUAUUGCACAAAAGCUCAGAACCUGUAACCAACUCACCUGCAAAUUUGAGCAGCACCUCAGUUGAAAUACUGGCCACCUCUGAAGUCACCACAGAUACAGAGAACACUCAUCCUUCUUCAAACAGAGCAGUGACCGAUGUGGGGACCUCCAGUUCUGGAUAUGAAUCCCCUUCCUCUGUCCUAGCUGACUCACAGACAUCCAAAGUCACAUCUCCAAUGGUUAUUACCUCCACCAUAGAGGAUACAAGUGUCUCCACAUCAACUCCUGGCUUUUUUGAGACUAGCAGAAUUCAGACAGAACCAACAUCCUCCCUGACCCUUGGACUGAGAAAGACCAGCAGCUCUGGGGGGACCAGCUCAGCCACAGAGAUGAGCACUGUCCUUUCUGGAGUGCCCACUGGUGCCACUGCUGAAGUCUCCAGGACAGAAGUCACCUUGUCUAGCAGAACAUCCAUCUCAGGCCUUGCUCAGCUCACAGUGUCACCAGAGACUUCCACAGAAACCAUCACCAGACUCCCUACCUCCCGCAUAAUGACAGAAUCAGCAGAAAUGAUGAUCAAGACACAAACAGGUCUUCCUGGGUCUACACCAGACAGUACUCAUACUGUGGACAUAUCAACAACACCCAACUGGGUAGAAACCCGCUCGACUGUGACUCAGAGAUUUUCACACUCAGAGAUGACCACCCUUGUGAGCAGAAGCCCUGGUGAUGUGUUAUGGCCUAGUCAAUCCUCUGUGGAAGAAACCAGCUCUGCCUCUUCCCUGCUGUCUCUACCUGCCACGACCCCACCUUCUCCUGUUUCCUCUACAUUAGCAGAGGAUUUCCCUUCCCCUUCUCUUCCUGUGACUUCUCUUCUCACCCCUGACCUGGUGAUAACCACAGACAGGAUGGGCAUAAGCAGAGAACUUGGAACCAGUUCCACCUCAAAUUUGAGCAGCACCUCCCGUGAGAGACUGACCACUUUGGAAGACACUGUAGAUACAGAAGCCAUGCAUCCUUCCACACACACAGCAGUGACCAACGUGGGGACCUCCGGUUCUGGACAUGAAUCACAAUCUUCUGUCCUAGCUGACUCAGAGACACCCAAAGCCACAUCUCCAAUGGGUACCACCUACACCAUGGGGGAAACGAGUGUUUCCAUAUCCACUUCUGACUUCUUUGAGACCAGCAGAAUUCAGAUAGAACCAACAUCCUCCCUGACUUCUGGAUUGAGGGAGACCAGCAGCUCUGAGAGGAUCAGUUCAGCCACAGAGAGAAGCACUGUCCUUUCUGAAGUGCCCAGUGGUGCUACCACUGAGGUCUCCAGGACAGAAGUGACCUCCUCUAGGGGGACAUCCAUGUCAGGGCCUGACCAGUUCACCAUGUCACCAGACAUCUCCACUGAAGCGAUCACCAGGCUUUCUACUUCCCCCAUUAUGACAGAAUCAGCAGAAAGUGCCAUCACUAUUGAGACAGGUUCUCCUGGGGCUACAUCAGACGGUACCCUCACCUUGGACACCUCAACAACAGUCUUUUGGUCAGAGACCCACUCAACUGCAUCUCAAGGAUUUUCACACUCAGAGAUGACCACUCUUAUGAGUAGAACUCCUGGAGAUGUGCCAUGGCAGAGCCUUCCCUCUGUGGAAGAAGCCAGCUCUGUCUCUUCCUCACUAUCUUCAACUGCCAUGACCUCAACUUCUUUUUCCUCUACAUUACCAGAGAGCAUCUCCUCCUCUCCUCAUCCUGUGACUGCACUUCUCACCCCUGGCCCAAUGAAGACCACAGACAUGUUGCGCACAAGCUCAGAACCUGAAACCAGUUCACCUCCAAAUUUGAGCAGCACCUCAGCUGAAAUAUUAGCCACCUCUGAAGUCACCAAAGAUACAGAGAAAAUUCGUCCCUCCUCAAACACACCUGUAAUCAACGUAGGGACCUUGAUUUAUAAACAUCUAUCCCCUUCCUCUGUUUUGGCUGACUUAGUGACAACAAAAGCCACAUCUCCAAAGGCUACCACCUCCACUCUGGGGAAUACAAGUGUUUUCACAUCAACUCCUGCCUUCCCAGAAACUAUGAUGACAGAGCCAACUUCCUCCCUGACUUCUGGAUUAAGGGAGAUCAGUACCUCUCAAGAGACCAGCUCAGCAACAGAGAGAAGUUCUUCUCUUUCUGGAAUGCCCACUGGUGCUACUACUAAGGUCUCCAGGACAGAAGCCCUCUCCUCAGACAGAGCAUCCACCCCAAGUCCUGCUCAAUCCACAAUAUCACCAGACAUCUCCACAGAAACAAUCAUUAGAAUUUCUACUCCCCUCACUACGACGGAAUCAGCAGAAAUGACCAUCACCCCCAAAACAGGUCAUUCUGGGGAAUCCUCACAAGGUACCUUUACCUUGGACACGUCAAGCAGAGCCUCCUGGCCAGGAACUCACUCAGCUGCAACUCACAGAUCUCCACACUCAGGGAUGACCACUCCUAUAAGCAGAGGUCCUGAGGAUGUGUCAUGGCCAAGCCCCCCAUCAGUGGAAAAAACUAGCCCUCCAUCUUCCCUGGUGUCUUUAUCUGCAGUAACCUCAUCUUUGCCACUUUAUUCCACACCAUCUGGGAGUAGCCACUCGUCUCCUCUCUGGGUGACUUCUCUUUUUACCCCUGUCGUGAUGAAGACCACAGACAUGUUGGACACAAGCUUAGAACCUGUGACCACUUCACCUCCCAGUAUGCAUAUCACCUCAGAUGAGAGUCUGGCCACUUCUAAAGCCACCAUGGAGACAGAGGCAAUUCAGCUUUCUGAAAACACAGCUGUGACUCAGGUGGGCACCAUCAGUGCUAGACAAGAAUUCUAUUCCUCUUAUCCAGGUCUCCCAGAGCCAUCCAAAGUGACAUCUCCAAUGGUCACCUCUUCCACCAUAAAAGACAUUGUUUCUACAACCAUACCUGCUUCCUCUGAGAUAAUAAGAAUUGAGAUGGAGUCAACAUCCACCCUGGCCCCCACACCAAGGGAGACCAGCACCUCCCAGGAGAUCCACUCAGCCACAAAGCCGAGCACUGUUCCUUACAAGGCACUCACUAGUGCCACGAUUGAGGACUCCGGAACACAAGUCAUGUCCUCUAGCAGAGGACCUAGCCCUGAUCAGUCCACAAUGUCACAAGACAUAUCCACUGAAGUGAUCACCAGGCUCUCUACCUCCCCCAUCAAGACAGAAUCUACAGAAAUGACCAUUACCACCCAAACAGGUUCUCCUGGAGCUACAUCACAGGGUACCCUUACCUUGGACACCUCAACAACAACUUUCAUGUCAGGGACCCACUCAACUGCAUCUCAAGGAUUUUCACACUCAGAGAUGACCUCUCUUAUGAGUAGAACUCCUGGAGAUGCGCCGUGGCCGGGCCAUCCCUCUGUGGAAGAAGCCAGCUCUGUCUCUUCCUCAUUGUCUUCACCUGUCAUGACCUCAUCUUCUCCCGUUUCUUCCACAUUACCAGACAGCAUCCACUCUUCUUCGCUUCCUGUGACAUCACUUCUCACCUCGGGGCUGGUGAAGACCACAGAGCUGUUGGGCACAAGCUCAGAACCUGAAACCAGUUCACCCCCAAAUUUCAGCAGCACUUCAGCUGAAAUACUGACCACCACUGAGGUCACCACAGAUACAGAGAAACUGGUGAUGACCAAUGUGGUAACCUCAGGUUAUACACAUGAAUCUCCUUCCUCUGUCCUAGCUGACUCAGUGACAGCAAAGGCCACAUCUUCAAUGGGUAUCACCUACCCCACAGGAGAUACAAAUGUUCUCACAUCAACCCCUGCCUUCUCUGACACCAGUAGGAUUCAAACAAAGUCAACGCUCUCACUGACUCCUGGGUUGAUGGAGACCAGCAUCUCUGAAGAGACCAGCUCUGCCACAGAACAAAGCACUGUCCUUUCUAGUGUGCCCACUGGUGCUACUACUGAGGUCUCUAGGACAGAAGCCAUUUCCUCUAGCAGAACAUCCAUCCCAGGCCCUGCUCAAUCCACAAUGUCACCAGACACCUCCACAGAAACCAUCACUAGACUUUCUACCCCCCUCACAAGGAAAGAAUCAACAGACAUGGCCAUCACCCCCAAAACAGGUACUUCUAGGGCUACCUCACAGGGUACCUUUACCUUGGACACAUCAAGCACAGCCUCCUGGCCAGGAACUCACUCAGCUGCAACUCAGAGAUUUCCACAGUCAGUGGUGACAACUCCUAUGAGCAGAGGUCCUGAGGAUGUGUCAUGGCCAAGCCCCCUGUCUGUGGAAAAAAACAGCCCUCCAUCUUCCCUGGUGUCUUCAUCUGCAGUAACCUCACCUUCGCCACUUUAUUCCACACCAUCUGGAAGUAGCCACUCCUCUCCUGUCCCUGUCACUUCUCUUUUCAUCUCUGUCAUGAUGAAGGCCACAGACAUGUUGGAUGCAAGCUUGGAACCUGAGACCACUUCAGCUCCCAAUAUGAAUAUUACCUCAGAUGAGAGUCUGGCCACUUCUCAAGCCACCACAGAGACAGAGGCAAUUCAGGUUUUUGAAAAUACAGCAGCGUCCCAUGUGGAAACCACCAGUGCUAGAGAGGAACUCUAUUCCUCUUCCCCAGGCUUCUCAGAGCCAACAAAAGUGACAUCUCCAGUGGUCACCUCUUUCUCUAUAAGAGAUAACAUUGUUUCCACAACAAUGCCUGGCUCCUCUGGCAUUACAAGGAUUGAGAUGGAGUCAAUGUCAUCUCUGACCCCUGGACUGAGGGAGACCAGAACUUCCCAGGACAUCACCUCAUCCACUGAGACAAGCACUGUCCUUUACAAGAUGCCCUCUGGUGCCACUCCUGAGGUCUCCAGGACAGAAGAUAUGACCUCUAGCAGAACAUCCAUUCCUGGCCCUGCUCACUCCACAAUGUCACUAGACAUCUCCGAUGAAGUUGUCACCAGGCUCUCUACCUCCCCCACCAUGACAGAAUCUGCAGAAAUAACCAUCACCACCCAAACAGGUUCUUCUCUGGCUACAUCCCAGGUUACCCUUCCCUUGGGCACCUCAAUGACCUCUUUGUCAGGGACCCACUCAACUGUGUCUCAAGGACUUUCACACUCAGAGAUGACCAAUCUUAUAAGCAAGGGUCCUGAAAAUCUGUCAUGGAUGAGCCCUCGCUUUGUGGGAACAACUACAUCUUCCUCUUCUCUGACAUCAUUACCUCUCACGACCUCACUUUCUCCUGUGUCCUCCAUAUUACUAGACAGUAGCCCCUCCUCUCCUUUUCCUGUGACUUCACUUAUCCUCCCAGGCCUGGUGAAGACUACAGAAGUGUUGGAUACAAGCUCAGAGCCUAAAAUCAGGUCAUCUCCAAAUUUGAGCAGCACCUCGGUUGAAAUACCGGCCACCUCUGAAAUCAUCACAGAUACAGAGAAAAUUCAUCCUUCCUCAAACACAGCGGUGACCAAAGUGAGGACCUCCAGUUCUGUUCAUGAAUCUCAUUCCUCUGUCCUAGCUGACUCAGAAACAACCACAACCAUACCUUCAAUGGGUAUCACCUCCGCUGUGGAGGAUACCACUCUUUUCACAUCAACUCCUGCCUUCUCUGAGACUAGGAGGAUUCCGACAGAGCCAACAUUCUCACUGACUCCUGGAUUAAGGGAGACUAGCAUCUCUGAAGAGACCACCUCAAUCACAGAAACAAGUGCAGUCCUUUUUGGAGUGCCCACUAGUGCCACUACUGAGGUCUCCAUGACAGAAGUCACGUCCUCUAAUAGAACGCACAUCCCUGACUCUGAUCAGUCCACAAUGUCUCCAGACAUCAUCACUGAAGUGAUCACCAGGCUCUCUUCCUCAUCCAUGAUGUCAGAAUCAACACAAAUGACCAUCACCGCCCAAACAAGUUCUCCUGGGGCUACAGCACAGAGUACUCUUACCUUGGCAACAACAACAGCCCCCUUGGCAAGGACCCAUUCAACUGUUCCUCCAAGAUUUUUACACUCAGAGAUGACAACUCUUAUGAGUAGGAGUCCUGAAAAUCCAUCAUGGAAGAGCUCUCCCUUUGUGGAAAAAACUAGCUCUUCAUCUUCUCUGUUGUCCUUACCUGUCACGACCUCACCUUCUGUUUCUUCCACAUUACCGCAGAAUAUCCCUUCUUCUUUUUCUGUGACUUCACUCCUCACCCCAGGCAUGGUGAAGGCUACAGACACAAGCACAGAACCUGGAACCAGUUUAUCUCCAAAUCUGAGCAGCACCUCAGUUCAAAUACUGGCUGCCUCUGAAGUCACCACAGAUACAGAGAAAAUUCAUCCUUCUUCAAGCAUGGCAGUGACCAAUGUGGGAACCACCAGUUCCGGACAUGAACUAUAUUCCUCUGUUUCGAUCCACUCGGAGCCAUCCAAGGUUACAUACCCAGUGGGUACUUCCUCUUCCAUGGCUGAAACCUCUAUUUCCACAUCAAUACUUGCCAAUUUUGAGACCACAAGAUUUGAGGCAGAGCCAUUUUCUCAUUUGACUUCUGGAUUUAGGAAGACUAACAUGUCCCUGGACACCAGCUCAGUCACACCAACAGCUUCUUCUCCUGGGUCCACUUGCCUUUUACAGAGUUCCAAGACUGAUUUCACUUCUUCUGUGAAAACAUCAUCCCCAGACCGGCCUCCAGCCUCACAGUAUACUGAAAUUCCAGUGGACAUAAUCACCCCCUUUAAUGCUUCUCCAUCUAUUAUGGAGUCCAGUGGGAUAACCUCCUUCCCAGAAUCCAAGUUUACUAUGUCUGUAACAGAAAGUACUCAUCAUCUGAGUACAGAUUUGCUGCUUUCAGCUGAGACUAUUUCCACUGGCACAGUGAUGCCUUCUCUAUCAGAGGCCAUGACUUCGUUUGCCACCACUGGAGUUCCACGAGCCAUCUCAGGUUCAGGUAGUCCAUCCUAUAGGACAGAGUCAGGCCCUGGGGAUGCUACUCUGUCCACCAUUUCAGAGAGCCUGCCUUCAUCCACUCCUGUGCCAUUCUCCUCUUCAACCUUCACUACCACUGAUUCUUCAACCAUCCCAGCCCUCCAUGAGAUAACUUCCUCUUCAGCUACCCCACAUAGAGUGGACACCAGUCUUGGGACAGAGAGCAGCACUACUGAAGGACACUUGGUUAUGGUCAGUACUUUGGACACUUCAAGCCAACCAGGCAGGACAUCUUCAUCACCCAUUUGGGGUACCAGAAUGACAGAGAGCGUUGAGCUGGGAACAGUGACAAGUGCUUAUCAAGUUCCUUCACUCUCAACACGGUUGACAAGAACUGAUGGCACUGCGGAGCACAUCACAAAAAUACCCAGUGAAGCAGCACACAGAGGUACCAUAAGACCAGUCAAAGGCCCUCAGACAUCCACUUCGCCUGCCAGUCCUAAAGGACUACACACAGGAGGGACAAAAAGAACAGAGACCACCACCACAGCUCUGAAGACCACCACCACAGCUCUGAAGACCACUUCCAGAGCCACCUUGACGACCAGUGUCUAUACUCCCACUUUGGGAACACUGACUCCCUUCAAUGCAUCAAUGCAAAUGGCCAGCACAAGCCCCACAGAAAUGAUGAUCACAACCCCAUAUGUUUUCCCUGAUGUUCCAGAAAAGACAUCCUCAUUGGCUACCAGCCUGGGAGCAGAAACCAGCACAGCUGUACCCAGGACAACCCCAUCUCUUUUCAGUAGAGAAUCAGAGACCACAACCUCACUGGUCUCUAGUUCUGGGGCAGAGAGAAGUCCAGCUAUUCAAACUCUAGAUGUUUCUUCUAGUGAGCCAGAUACAACAGCUUCAUGGGUUAUCCAUCCUGCAGAGACCAUCCCAACUGUUUCCAAGACAACCCCUAAUUUUUUCCACAGUGAAUCAGACACUGCAUCUUCCACAACCACCAGUCAUGGGGCAGACGUCAGCUCAGCCAUUCCAACAAAUAUCUCACCUACUGAACUAGAUGCACUGACCCCACUGGUCACUAUUUCUGGGACAGAUACUAGUACAACGUUCCCAACACUGACUAAGUCCCCACAUGAAACAGAGACAAGAACCACAUGGCUCACUCAUCCUGCAGAGACCAGCUCAGCUGUUCCCAGAACAAUCCCCAAUUUUUCUCAUCGUGAAUCAGAUGCCACACCUUCAAUAGCCACCAGUCCUGGGGCAGAAACCAGUUCAGCUAUUCCAGUUAUGACUGUCUCACCUGGUGCAGCAGAUCUGGUGACCUCACAGGUCACUAGUUCUGGGACAGGCAGAAAUAUGACUGUUCCAACUUUGACUCUUUCUCCUGGUGAACCAAAGACCACAGCCUCAUUAGUCACCUAUCCUGAAGCACGGACAAGUUCGGCCAUUCCAACUUCAACUAUCUCGCCUGGUGUAUCACGGAUGGCGACCUCAAUGGUCACCAGUUUGGUGGCAGAGACAAGUACAACUAAUCCAGCUCUGACAAACUCCCGUGGUGAACCAGCCACAACAGUUUCAUUGGUCACGCAUCCUGCGCAGACCAGCCCAACAGUUCCCUGGACAACUUCCAUUUUUUUCCAUAGUAAAUCAGACACCACACCUUCAAUGGCCACCAGUCAUGAGGCAGAAUCCAGUUCAGCUGUUCCAACUCCAACUGUUUCAACUGGGGUACCAGGAGUGGUGACCCCUUUGGUCACCAGUUCUAGGGCAGUGAUCAGUACAACUAUUCCAAUUCUGACUCUUUCUCCUGGUGAACAAGAGACUACACCUUCAAUGGCCACCAGUCAUGGGGCAGAAGCCAGCUCUGCUAUUCCAACUCCAACUGUUUCACCUGGGGUACCAGGAGUGGUGACCUCUCGGGUCACUAGUUCUAGGGCAGUGACUAGUACAACUAUUCCAAUUCUGACUCUUUCUCUUGUUGAACCAGAGUUCACAACUUCAAUGGCCACCAGUCAUGGGGCAGAAGCCAGCUCAGCUGUUCCAACUGUUUUACCUGAGGUACCAGGAAUGGUGACCUCUCUGGUUGCUAGUUCUAGGGCAGUAACCAGUACAACUCUUCCAACUCCGACUCUUUCUCCUGGUGAACCAGAGACCACACCUUCAAUGGCCACCAGUCAUGGGGCAGAAGCCAGCUCAACUGUUCCAACUGUUUCACCUGAGGUACCAGGAGUGGUGACCUCUCUGGUCACUAGUUCUAGUGCAGUAAACAGUACAACUAUUCCAACUCUGAUUCUUUCUCCUGGUGAACCAGAGACCACACCUUCAAUGGCCACCAGUCAUGGGGCAGAAGCCAGCUCAGCUGUUCCAAUGCCAACUGUUUCACCUGGGGUAUCAGAAGUGGUGACCCCUCUGGUCACUAGUUCCAGGGCAGUGACCAGUACAACUAUUCCAAUUCUAACUCUUUCUUCUAGUGAGCGAGAGACCACACCUUCAAUGGCCACCGGUCAUGGGGCAGAAGCCAGCUCAGCUGUUCUAACUGUUUCACCUGAGGUACCAGGAGUGGUGACCUCUCUGGUCACUAGUUCUAGUGCAGUAACCAGUACACCUAUUCCAACUCUGACUAUUUCUUCUGAUGAACCAGAGACCACAACUUCAUUGGUCACCCAUUCUGAGGCAAAGACAAUUUCAGCCAUUCCAACUUUAGCUGUCUCCCCUACUGUACAAGGGCUGGUGACUUCACUGGUCACUAGUUCUGGGUCAGAGACCAGUGCGUUUUCAAAUCUAACUGUUGCCUCAAGUCAACCAGAGACCACAGCCUCAUGGGUCACUCAUCCUGGGACAGAAGCAAGCUCUGUUGUUCCAACUUUGACUGUCUCCACUGGUGAGCCAUUUACAAAUAUCUCAUUGGUCACCCAUCCUGCAGAGAGUAGCUCAACUCUUCCCAGGACAACCUCAAGGUUUUCCCACAGUGAAUCAGACACUAUGCCUUCCACAGUCACCAGUCCUGAGGCAGAAUCCAGCUCAGCCAUUUCAACAACUAUUUUACCUGGUAUACCAGGUGUGCUGACAUCACUGGUCACUAGCUCUGGGACAGACAUCAGUGCAACUUUUCCAACAGUGCCUGAGUCCCCACAUGAAUCAGAGGCAACAGCCUCAUGGGUUAUUCAUCCUGCAGUCACCAGCACAACAGUUCCCAGGACAACCCCUAAUUUUUCUCAUAGUGAACCAGACACCACACCCUCAAUAGCCACCAGUCCUGGGGCAGAAGCCAUUUCAGCUUUACCAACAAUAGCUGUCUCACCUGAAGUACCAGAUAUGGUGACCUCGCAAGUCACUAGUUCUGGGACAGACACCAGUAUAACUAUUCCAACUCUGACUCUUUCUUCUGAUGAGCCAGAGACCACCUCAUUUAUCACCUAUUCUGAGACACACACAAGUUCAGCCAUUCCAACUCUCCCUGUCUCCCCUGGUGCAUCAAAGAUGCUGACCUCACUGGUCACCAGUUCUGGGACAGACAGCACUACAACUUUCCCAACACUGACGGAGACCACAUAUGAACCAGAGACAACAGCCACGCAGCUCAUUCAUCCUGCAGAGACCAACACAAUGGUUCCCAGGACAACCCCCAAGUUUUCCCAUAGUAAGUCAGACACCACACUCCCAGUAGCCAUCACUAGUCCUGGGCCAGAAGCCAGUUCAGUUGUUUCAACGACAACUGUCUCACCUGAUAUGUCAGAUCUGGUGACCUCACUGGUCCCUAGUUCUGGGACAGACACCAGUACAACCUUCCCAACAUUGAGUGAGACCCCAUAUGAACCAGAGACUACAGCCACAUGGCUCAUUCAUCCUGCAGAGACCAGCACAACGGUUUCUAGGACAAUUCCCAACUUUUCCCACAGGGGAUCAGACACUACACCCUCAAUGGUCACCAGUCCUGGAGUAGACGCCAGGUCAGCUGUUCCAACUACAACCAUCCCACCCAGUAUACCAGGGGUAGUGACCUCACAGGUCACCAGUUCUGCAGCAGACACUAGUACAGCUAUUCCAACUUUGACUCCUUCUCUUGGUGAACCAGAGACCACAGUCUCAUCGGCUACCCAUCCUGGGACAAAGACUGGCUUCACUGUUCCAAUUUGGACUGUUCCCUUUAGUGAGCCAGAUACAAUGGCUUCCUGGGUCACUCAUCCUCCACAGACCAGCACACCUGUUUCCAGAACAACCCCCAGUUUUUCCCAUAGUAGUCCAGAUGCCACACCUGUAAUGGCCACCAGUCCUAGGACAGAAGCCAGUUCAGCUGUACUGACAACAAUCUCACUUGGUGCACCAGAGAUGGUGACUUCACAGAUCACUAGUUCUGGGGCAGCAACCAGGACAACUAUUCCAACUUUGACUCAUUCUCCUGGUAUGCCAGAGACCACAGCCUUAUUGAGCACCCAUCCCAGCACAGAGACAAGUAAAGCAUUUCCUGCUUCAACUGUGUUUCCUCAAGUAUCAGAGACCACAGCCUCACUCUCCGUUAGACCUGGUGCAGAGACUAGCACAGCUCUCCCAACUCAGACAACAGCCUCUCUCUUCACCCUACUUGUAACUGGAACCAGCAGAGUUGAUCUAAAUCCAACUGCUUCACCUGGUGUUUCCGCAAAAACAGCCUCACUCUCCACCCAUCCAGGGACAGAAACCAGCACAGUGAUUCCAACUUCAACUCUUUCCCUUGGUUUAUUAGAGACUACAGGCUUACUGGCCACCAGCUCUUCAGCAGAGACCAGCACGGGUACUCUAACUCUGACUUUUUCCCCUGCUGUCUCUGGGCUUCCCAGUGCCUCUGUAACAACUGAUAAGCCCCAAACUGUGACCUCCUGGAACACAGAAACCUCACCAUCUGUAACUUCAGUUGGACCCCCAGAAUUUUCCAGGACUGUCACAGGCACCUCCAUGACGUUGAUACCAUCAGAGACGCCAACACCACCUAAAGCCAGUCAUGGAGAAGGAGUGAGUCCAACCACUAUCUUGAGAACUACAAUGGUUGAAGCCACUAAUUUAGCUACCACAGGUUCCAGUCCCACUGUGGCCAAGAAAACCACCACCUUCAGUACACUGGCUGGAAGCCUCUUUGCUCCUCUGACCACACCUGGGAUGUCCACCUUGGCCUCUGAGAGUGUGUCCUCAAGAACAAGUUAUAACCAUCGGUCCUGGAUCUCCACCACCAGCACAGUUGUGAGUCCAGUGCUGAUGCCAUUUACUCUCAAUUUCACCAUCACCAACCUGCUUUAUACCCCAGACAUGGGGCACCCAGGCUCCUUGAUCUUCAACUCUACCGAGAAGACCUUGAAUCACCUGCUCAAGCCCUUGUUCAAGAACACCAGUGUUGGUUUUGGCUACUCCAGCUGCAGACUGACCUUGCUCAGGACUGAGAAGGACAGGGCAGCCACCAGAGUGGACGCUGUCUGUACCUACCAUCCUGACCCCACAAGCCCUGGGCUGGACAGAGAGCAUUUGUACUGGGAACUGAGCCAGUUGACCCACGACAUCACCCAGCUGGGGCCCUACACCCUGGACAGAAACAGCCUCUGUGUUAACGGUGAUUUCACCCAUCGAAGCUCUAUGCCCACCACCAGCACUCCUGGGACCUCCACAGUGGACGUGGGAACCUCAGGGACUCCAUCCUCCAGCCCCAACCCCACAACUGCUGGCCCUCUCCUGAUGCCGUUCACCCUCAACUUCACCAUCACCAACCUGCAGUAUGAGGAGGACAUGCGUCGCCCUGGCUCCAGGAAGUUCAACACCACGGAGAGGGUCCUGCAGGGUCUGCUCAAGCCCUUGUUCAAGAACACCAGUGUCGGCCCUCUGUACUCUGGCUGCAGAUUGACCUUGCUCAGGCCCGAGAAGGAUGGGGCAGCCACUGGAGUGGAUGCCAUCUGCACCCACCACCUUGAUCCUAAAAGCCCUGGACUCAACAGGGAGCAGCUGUACUGGGAGCUAAGCAAGCUGACCAACGGCAUUGAAAAGCUGGGUCCCUACACCCUGGACAGGAACAGUCUCUAUGUCAAUGGUUUCACCCAUCAGAGCUCUGUGUCCACCACCAGCACUCCUGGGAACUCCACAGUGGAUCUUGGAACCUCAGGGACUCCAUCCUCCCUCUCCAGCCCCACAAUUAUAGCUGCUGGCCCUCUCCUGGUACCAUUCACCCUCAACUUCACCAUCACCAACCUGCAGUACGGGGAGGACAUGGGUCACCCUGUCUCCAGGAAGUUCAACACCACAGACAGGAUCCUGCAGGGUCUGCUUGGUCCUAUAUUCAAGAACACCAGUGUUGGCCCUCUGUACUCUGGCUGCAGACUGACCUCUCUCAGGUCCGAGAAGGAUGGAGCAGCCACUGGAGUGGAUGCCAUCUGCACCCACCAUCUUGACCCCAAAAGCCCUGGACUCAACAGAGAGCGGCUGUACUGGGAGCUGAGCCAACUGACCAAUGGCAUCAAAGAGCUAGGCCCCUACACCCUGGACAGUAACAGUCUCUAUGUCAAUGGUUUCACCCAUCGGACCUCUGUGCCCACCACCAGCACUCCUGGGACCUCCACAGUGGACCUUGGAACCUCAGGGACUCCAUCCUCCCUCCCAAGCCCCACAACUGCUGGCCCUCUCCUGAUGCCGUUCACCCUCAACUUCACCAUCACCAACCUGCAGUACGAGGAGGACAUGCAUCGCCCUGGCUCCAGGAAGUUCAACACCACGGAGAGGGUCCUGCAGAGUCUGCUUGGUCCUAUGUUCAAGAACACCAGUGUCGGCCUUCUGUACUCUGGCUGCAGACUGACCUUGCUCAGGUCCGAGAAGGAUGGAGCAGCCACUGGAGUGGAUGCCAUCUGCACCCACCGUCUUGACCCCAAAAGCCCUGGAGUGGACAGGGAGCAGCUGUACUGGGAGCUGAGCCAGCUGACCAAUGGCAUCAAAGAGCUGGGCCCCUACACCCUGGACAGAAACAGCCUGUAUGUCAAUGGUUUCACCCAUCAGACCUCUGUGCCCACCACCAGCACUCCUGGGACCUCCACAGUGGACCUUGGGACCUCAGGGACUCCAUCCUCCCUCCCCAGCCCUACAUCUGCUGGCCCUCUCCUGGUGCCAUUCACCCUCAACUUCACCAUCACCAACCUGCAGUAUGAGGAGGACAUGCAUCACCCAGGCUCCAAGAAGUUCAACACCAUGGAGAGGGUCCUGCAGGGUCUGCUUGGUCCCAUGUUCAAGAACACCAGUGUCGGCCUUCUUUACUCUGGCUGCAGACUGACCUUGCUCAGGCCUGAGAAGAAUGGGGCAGCCACUGGAAUGGAUGCCAUCUGCACCCACCGUCUUGACCCCAAAAGCCCUGGACUCAACAGAGAGCAGCUGUACUGGGAGCUGAGCCAGCUGACCAAUGGCAUCCAAGAGCUGGGCCUCUACACCCUGGACAGGAACAGUCUCUAUGUCAAUGGUUUCACCCAUCGGAGCUCUGUGGCCCCCACCAGCACUCCUGGGACCUCCACAGUGGACCUUGGGACCUCAGGGACUCUAUCCUCCCUCCCCAGCCCCACAACAGCUGUUCCUCUCCUGGUGCCGUUCACCCUCAACUUCACCAUCACCAAUCUGCAGUAUGGGGAGGACAUGCGUCACCCUGGCUCCAGGAAGUUCAACACCACAGAGAGGGUCCUGCAGGGUCUGCUUGGUCCCUUGUUCAAGAACUCCAGUGUCGGCCCUCUGUACUCUGGCUGCAGACUGACCUCUCUCAGGUCUGAGAAGGAUGGGGCAGCCACUGGAGUGGAUGCCAUCUGCACCCACCACCUUAACCCUCAAAGCCCUGGACUGGACAGGGAGCAGCUGUACUGGGAGCUGAGCCAGAUGACCAAUGGCAUCAAAGAGCUGGGCCCCUACACCCUGGACCAGAACAGUCUCUAUGUCGAUGGUUUCACCCAUCGAAGCUCUGGGCCCACCACCAGCACUCCUUGGACUUCCACAGUGGACCUUGGAACCUCAGGGACUCCAUUCCCCGUCCCCAGCCCCACAACUGCUGGCCCUCUCCUGGUGCCAUUCACCCUCAACUUCACCAUCACCAACCUGCAGUAUGAGGAGGACAUGCACCACCCUGGAUCUAGGAAGUUCAACAGCACAGAGAGGGUCCUGCAGGGUCUGCUCAGUCCCUUGUUCAAGAACUCCAGUGUCGGCCCUCUGUACUCUGGCUGCAGACUGACCUCUCUCAGACCUGAGAAGGAUGGGGCAGCCACUGGAGUGGACACCAUCUGUACCCACCGCCUUGAUCCCACCGGUCCUGGACUGGACAAAGAGCGGCUAUACUGGGAGCUAAGCCAGCUGACCAACAGCAUCACAGAGCUGGGCCCCUACACCCUGGACAGGGACAGUCUCUAUGUCAAUGGCUUCACCCAUCGGAGCUCUGUGCCAACCACCAGCACUCCUGGGACCUCCACAGUGAACCUGGGAACCUCUGGGAUCCCAUCUUCCCUCCCUGAAACUACAGCCACCGGCCCUCUCCUGGUGCCAUUCACACUCAACUUCACCAUCACUAACCUACAGUAUGAGGAGAACAUGGGUCACCCUGGCUCCAGGAAGUUCAACACCACGGAGAGGGUUCUGCAGGGUCUGCUCAAGCCCUUGUUCAAGAGCACCAGUGUUGGCCCUCUGUAUUCUGGCUGCAGACUGACCUUGCUCAGGCCUGAAAAGGAUGGAGCAGCCACCAGAGUGGACACCAUCUGCACCCACCGCCCUGACCCCAAAAUCCCUGGGCUAGACAGAGAGCGGCUAUACUGGGAGCUGAGCCAGCUGACCCAGAGCAUCACUGAGCUGGGCCCCUACACCCUGGACAGGGACAGUCUCUAUGUCAAUGGUUUCACCCAGUGGAGCUCUGUGCCCACCACCAGCACUCCUGGGACUUUCACAGUACAGCUGGAAACCUCUGAGACUCCAUCAUCCCUCCCUGGCCCCACAGCCACUGGCCCUCUCCUGCUGCCAUUCACCCUCAAUUUUACCAUCACUAACCUGCCGUAUGAGGAGGACAUGCAUCGCCCUGGCUCCAGGAAGUUCAACACCACGGAGAGGGUCCUUCAGGGUCUGCUUAUGCCCUUGUUCAAGAACACCAGUGUCGGCUCUCUGUACUCUGGUUGCAGACUGACCUUGCUCAGGCCUGAGAAGGAUGGGGCAGCCACCAGAGUGGAUGCUGUCUGCACCCAUCGUCCUGACCCCAAAAGCCCUGGACUGGACAGAGAGCGGCUGUACUGGAAGCUGAGCCAGCUGACCCAUGGCAUCACUGAGCUGGGCCCCUACACCCUUGACAGGCACAGUCUCUAUGUCAAUGGUUUCACCCAUCAGAGCUCCAUGACGACCACCAGAACUCCUGAUACCUCCACAAUGCACCUGGCAACCUCGAGAACUCCAGCCUCCCUGUCUGGACCCAGGACCACCAGCCCUCUCCUGGUGCUAUUCACAAUUAACUUCACCAUCACUAACCUGCGGUAUGAGGAGAACAUGCAUCACCCUGGCUCUAGAAAGUUUAACACCACGGAGAGAGUCCUUCAGGGUCUGCUCAGGCCUGUGUUCAAGAACACCAGUGUUGGCCCUCUGUACUCUGGCUGCAGACUGACCUCGCUCAGGCCCAAGAAGGAUGGGGCAGCCACCAAAGUGGAUGCCAUCUGCACCUACCACCCUGAUCCCAAAAGCCCUGGACUGGACAGAGAGCAGCUAUACUGGAAGCUGAGCCAGCUGACCCAUGGCAUCACUGAGCUGGGCCCCUACACCCUGGACAGGGACAGUCUCUAUGUCAAUGGUUUCACACAGCAGAGCUCUGUGCCCACCACUAGCACUCCUGGGACCUCCACAAUGGACCUGGGAACAUCUGGGACUCCAGUUUCUAAACCUGGUCCCUCGGCUGCCAGCUCUCUCCUGGUGCCGUUCACUCUCAACUUAACCAUCACCAACCUGCGGUAUGAGGAGAACAUGCAACACCCUGGCUCCAGGAAGUUCAACACCACGGAGAGGGUCCUUCAGGGCUUGCUCAGGUCCCUGUUCAAGAGCACCAGUGUUGGCCCUUUGUACUCUGGCUGCAGACUGACCUUGCUCAGGCCUGAGAAGGAUGGGGCAGCCACUGGAGUGGACGCUGUCUGCACCCACCACCCUGACCCCAAAAGCCCUAGGCUGGACAGAGAGCAGCUGUAUUGGGAGCUGAGCCAGCUGACCCGCAACAUCACUGAGCUGGGCCCCUAUGCCCUGGACAACGACAGCCUCUUUGUCAAUGGUUUCACCCAUCGGAGCUCUGUGCCCACCACCAGCACUCCUGGGACCCCCACAGUGUAUCUGGGAGCAUCUAGGACUCCAGCCUCGAUACUUAGCCCUUCAGCUGCCAGCCAUCUCCUGAUACUAUUCACCCUCAACUUCACCAUCACUAACCUGCGGUAUGAGGAGAACAUGUGGCCUGGCUCCAGGAAGUUCAACACUACAGAAAGGGUCCUUCAGGGUCUGCUAAGGCCCUUGUUCAAGAACACCAGUGUUGGCCCUCUGUACUCUGGCUGCAGGCUGACCUUGCUCAGGCCAGAGAAGGAUGGGGAAGCCACUGGAGUGGAUGCCAUCUGCACCUACCACCCUGACCCCACAGGCGCUGGGCUAGACAGAGAGCAGCUGUAUUUGGAGCUGAGCCAGCUGACCCACAGCAUCACUGAGCUGGGUCCCUACACACUGGACAGGGACAGUCUCUAUGUCAAUGGUUUCACCCAUCGGAGCUCUGUGCCCACCACCAGCACCGGGGUGGUCAGCGAGGAGCCAUUCACACUGAACUUCACCAUCAACAACCUGCGCUACGUGGCGGACAUGGGCCAACCCGGCUCCCUCGAGUUCAACAUCACAGACAACGUCAUGCAGCACCUGCUCAGUCCUUUGUUCCAGAGGAGCAGCCUGGGUGCACGGUACACAGGCUGCAGGGUCAUCGCACUAAGGUCUGUGAAGAACGGCGCUGAGACACAGGUGGACCUCCUCUGCACCUACCUGCGGCCCCUCAGCAGCCCAGGUCUGCCUAUCAAGCAGGUGUUCCAUGAGCUGAGCCAGCAGACCCACGGCAUCACCCGGCUGGGCCCCUACUCUCUGGACAAAGACAGCCUCUACCUUAACGGUUACAAUGAACCUGGUGCAGAUGAGCCUCCUACAAAAAUGGAGUCAUCAGUUUAUCAACCAACAAGCAGCUCCAGCACCCAGCACUUCUACCUGAAUUUCACCAUCACCAACCUACCAUAUUCCCGGGACAUAGCCCAACCAGGCACCACCAAUUACCACAGGAACAAAAGGAAUAUUGAGGACGCGCUCAACCAACUCUUCCGAAAUAGCAGCAUUAAGAGUUAUUUUUCUGACUGUCAAGUCUCAACAUUCAGGUCUGUCCCCAACAGCCACCACACCGGGGUGGACUCCCUGUGUAACUUCUCGCCACUGGCUCGGAGAGUAGACAGAGUUGCCAUCUAUGAGGAAUUCCUGCGGAUGACCCGGAAUGGUACCCAGCUGCAGAACUUCACCCUGGACAGGAGCAGUGUCCUUGUGGAUGGGUAUUCUCCCAACAGAAAUGAGCCCUUAACUGGGAAUUCUGACCUUCCCUUCUGGGCCAUCAUCCUCAUCUGCUUGGCGGGACUCCUGGGACUCAUCACAUGCCUGAUCUGCGGUGUCCUGGUGACCACCCGCCGGCAGAAGAAGGAAGGAGAAUACAACGUCCAGCGACAGUGCCCAGGCUACUACCAGUCACACCUAGACCUGGAGGAUCUGCAAUGA